AUGAUGGAUGAUUUGAUGGCGGAUACCAAGUGGGCGGAUAUCGAGGCCGAUGAGGACUAUGACGUCGACGGCAUCGACGCCCACAGGUUGAUGGGCUUCGAGAGCGCCCCCGACGCCCAGGGCAUCAAGACCGUCACCUCCUACACCAAGAAUCGCCACGGACAGACCGUGAAGAUCACCAAGCGGGUGAAGGAGAUCCGCGUGCCGCGCCGCACCAACAAGGCUGCGAAGCUCAGGGAGGACAUGUCGUGCUUCAAGAUGGACAAGAACAACGAUAUCGGUGUCACCAUGGUCUCGCAGGACGAGAUCAUCAUCGAGCAGCCCGUCAGCAGGCGCAGCCGCGUCAACCAGGAGGAGAACCUCGACCUCAUAUACUCCCCCAACGACAUCAACAUGACGCGUGCCACGAGGGAGCUGAAGAUGAAGUUCAAGAGCCUCCGCGACGACAGCGACACCGGCGAGAUGAUGGACGACCGGGACACUUCCGCCAAGUACAUCCCGCCGAGUCGCAAGGAGGGCGGCGGCGACCGCAGGAGCUUUGACGAGAACACCGUCAGGGUCACCAACCUCAGCGAGGACGUGCGCGAGAAGGACCUCGUGGAGCUGUUCAGCCGGGCUGGACGCAUCCACAGGGCAUACCUCGCCAAGCACAAGGAGACGCAGUUCUCCAAGGGUUUCGCGUUCAUCACCUACGCCACGCGCCAGGACGCGCUUAACGCCAUCAACAAGCUCAACAGGCAGGGUUACGACAAUCUGCUGCUGAAUGUCGAGUGGGCCAAGCCCCCGAACAAGGACAGGCAGUAG